CUCAACGUCAAGUCGGACAAAUGUGCCAUCCUCAAAGAGACGGUGAAGCAGAUCCGGCAGAUCAAGGAGCAGGCCUGUUGGUGUCCACGUGUUUGUGCCUGAAAACAACAGCUGAAUAAGCACACGCUCGUAUACCGGCGUGGACGACGCACACAAGUCACGCAGCUGCCCGCUCCACCUCUCGUCUUCAGCCGGAGCGGUUCGUGUGUAUUGAUACCAAAUAAAAGUGGUAUUGAAGUAACGCAGCGAUAGAAGCCAAACCGGCUGCAACGCGAUGCAUAAUAGAUGAAAGGACUCGCCGGCUUUUCUUUUGUGCAGCAGAAAGGUCACCUUGUGGGAAUGCACGAGUGUUCAGAGGACACACAAACAUAGACGCACACAGACACAAUCAAAUGUGUAUUACGAAUAUAUAUGUGUGUGUGUGUGUGUGUGUGUGUGUGGCUCCAGAGUUUAACUGCAGGGUCAUGUUGUAGAUGUAGAGCGCACGUGUGCCUCCAUUUCUCUCACCUCCACAGUUGUCGUAAUGCUCAAACGGUGUGGGCGGGGCGGGGGGAGGAUAGUAGAUUCCAAUAAUACAUGUUGUGUAUAUGUGUGCUGUGAGUGUGCGUUGAGCAGAAAAGCGUGCAUGAGAAUGCGCCACAUGUAGCGUGACACAAACCUCGACAGGAUAACCGAAUAAUGGGAUUUGUAUGACUAAAAACCAACGGGAAACCUCCGUUUCUGAAGAUUUAUAAAGAGUUGAAACUUGCAUUCUCCCUAAAUGUCCACCAGGGGGUGGACGUUAUGAUUUAAUGGAAGUCUAUGAGAAAAUGACUCAACUUCUCUUGAUGUAUUCCCUCAGUAAACCUUUUAAACAUGAGUUUAUGUCUCAGUCUCUAGUUUCAAGUCUUCUUCAAUACAGCAUGAUGUGAUCAUUUGUACUUUAUGGUCAUUUAGAGUCAAACAGAUGAUGAGUAGGCUUUAGGGGCGGGGCCACAAGGUGAUUGACAGGUAGCUACGUGCUCCGUAUCUCCUCCUCAGUCCAAAUAUGAUCACUUGUUGUUCACAUGUUUGCAAAAAAAAUGGUUCCAAACGUCAGUCCACAAACCAACAGGUGACUUUACGGCCACUUCCUAUUCACGGGUUCUACGGCAAGAACCAAAUGAGGGUUAAUAAAAAGCUCUGUUGACCGUUGUUCUUCUUUGUUGUUGUUGUUUUUCUUCAUUGAACUUGUUAUGAAGACGACGCAGCUGUGAACACACCGAGUGUCCACGACGAUGUCGCACGCGUGGCUCGUUUCCCCCGUCGUUCGUUCGGCCUCUAAACCGUCAUAUUUAUUGAUUUUUUAAAAACAACAACAACAAUGUACACUGCCACGGGAGGCUUCGCAGGCCAGCGGUACGAGCCUGGGAGCCGAGCGGGGGCCGGCCUCUUGCGUGACCGUACGUGUGUGCACUGCCCGUUACUGUGCGGCGAUGCCGGCUCCCCGUUGUAUACCUGCCAAUCAGACCUCUGGGUUUGACGGUGCGUCCGCACAUCGGUGGACUUUCCAAUAUAAUGACAUCAGAGAAAGAGCAUCACAAAAAAGUAAAGGGGGAAAAGUAAAGAGAGCCUUAACUUGACAAAGAAAACCAACACACUGAGAUAAACUUGUAUGGUCGCAACCUGUCAAUCACCCUGUAGCCCCGCCCCUAAAGCAUCUCCUGCUUUAUGGUCGGUUUGACUGUAAAUUACCAUAAAGUACUAAAUGAUGACAUCAUGCUGUAUAGAAGAAGACUUGAAACUAGAGACUGAGACAUAAACUCAUGUUUACAAUGUUUACUGAGGGAAUGCAUCAAGAGAGAAGUAGAGUCAUUUUAUAUAGACUUCUAUACAACUAGAGAAGUCGCCCCCUAGUGGUCAGGAGAGAGAAUGCAGCUUUUAAACUCUUUAAGAAACCCUCUAAAACCAGAGACAUGUGUUUGCAACACCUUGGUUUCAUGUUUCUCAUCGUUGUCUCUUCCAGAAAAAUCCCCGGUGGCCGACGCCGAGGAGGUGCAGAAGGCCGACGUCUCCUCCACGGGACCGGGCGUCAUCGACAAAGACGCCCUCGGGCCCAUGAUGCUGGAGGCGCUCGACGGCUUCUUCUUCGUGGUCAACAUGGAGGGCAACAUCGUGUUCGUGUCGGAGAACGUGAGCCAGUACCUGCGCUGCCAGCAGGAGGACCUGAUGAACACCAGCGUCUACAGCAUGCUGCACGUCGGCGACCACGCCGAGUUCAUCAAGAACCUGCUGCCCAAGAGCCUGGUCAAUCAUCGCGGCGGGGAUUCGUCCCACAGGAAGAGCCACACGUUCACCUGCCGCAUGUUGGUGAACCCGCGGGCCGACGGCGAGGCCCAGGCGCCGUCUGACCAGCAGGAGGCGGCGCAGCAGAAGUUCGAGACCAUGCAGUGUUUCGCCAUCUCCGAACCCAAGUCCAUCAAGGAAGAGGGCGAAGAUUUCCAGUCGUGUCUCAUCUGCGUGGCGCGAAGAGUCCCCGUCAAAGAGAGACCUGCGCUGCCCGCCUACGAGAGCUUCACCACGCGGCAGGACCUUCAAGGUAAGAUCACGUCGCUGGACACCAGUCUGCUCCGGGCCUCCAUGAGGCCGGGCUGGGAGGACCUGGUCCGGCGCUGCAUCCAGAGGUUCCACCUGCAGAACGACGCCGAGAUGUCCUUCGCUAAGAAACACCAGCAGGACGUGCUGAGGAUCGGCCACGCCCUCAGCCCUCUGUACCGAUUCUCCCUGGCCGACGGCAACGUGGUCUCGGCUCACACCAAGAGCAAGCUGGUCCGGUCUCCAGCCACCAACGAGCCGCAGCUCUACAUGUCGCUGCACAUCCUGCAGAGGGAGAACAUGAGCGGCAUGACUGCAGACAUGCCGGGCGGACAGAGCUUGACCACGCCAGUGACCCCGACCAGUGUGAGUGUCCCCUCCCCUUCCCCUGACGCCAGUGUCACCAGCAACACCUCCGGCGCCCCCGGACGUGGUUUUAUCGCCGCAUCGGGUCGGGCGACCACGCCUCAGGCACUCAAGCUGGGCAGCCCUUUGGCUCAGGGAAGCCCCGGCGUCGCGUCGGGGACCCAGGGCGCCAUGCUGUCUCCUCGCCAUCGCCAGAGCCCCGGCGUGGCGGCGAGCAGCAGCAGCAGCUGCAGCAGCCCCCACCUGCAACACCCCCCCGGCUCGUUCUCUCCCGCAGCCGGACUCCACUCGCCGGCGUCCGUCUGCAGCGGCGCAGGAACGGGCCACGGGUUCAACUCCCUGAGUGCUCUGCAGGCCCUGAGCCAGGGCCACAGGGUUUCCCAGGGACUCGCCGAGGGGCAGCGCCCAGAGUCCCAGCGCCCAGAGUCCCCCGACAGAAAGCCGUUCGAGAGCCCUCUGCACGGCGGGAGCCAACAAUCCAAGAACAAUCCCAGCCUAGAGGCCGAGUUGUUGGGGACCUUUGGGGACCGGCAAGAUGUGCCGUCCCCGGACCAGGACGGCGAGCGGGAGAGAGGCGGCGGCUUCGAAGGCGACGAAAGCUCCGGGGACCACGGCGACGUCCCAAACCACCUCCUGAACACCAAGGGCCACACCAAGCUGCUCCAGCUCCUCACCACCAAAUCGGAGUCCUCGGAUCCCUGCCCAUCGCCCCCGCUGGGGGACGACCAGAACUGCAAGGACCGGCUGGGCGGGACCGGCCUCGCGGGCGCCGCCGGGCACAACCACCACCACUCCACCUCGCUCAAGGAGAAGCACCGGAUCCUCCACCGGCUGCUGCAGAACAGCGCCUCGCCCGUGGAGCUGGCCAAGCUGACGGUGGAGGCCACGGGGAAGGACCCCGUCGGCCCGGAGUCGGCGGGGGAGCCGUGCGCCAAGCAGGAGCCCGAGAGCCCCAAGAAGAAGGACAACGCGCUGCUGCGCUACCUGCUGGACCGGGACGACAACGGCAUCCUGGACAAGGCCGUCAAGACGGAGCCCGCCGACGGACCCCCGCUGUGCAGCGCGGAGACGGAGACGCGGGAGGCGGGCGUCACCGCGGCCGAGCAGACCAGUGAGCUGGAGGACCUGCUGGAGGACCUGCAGAGCGGCGCCCAGCAGCAGCAGCUGUUCGCCAGCCGCCCGCCGGUCAGAGGGCCCGCCUCCUCUUCGUCCCCCUCCACCUCCGUGGCGCCCGGUUCCUCUGUGGACAAGCAGAGCAUCAUCAGUGACAUCCUGCAGAUGACGGGCGGCGGCGGGGUCAGCCCCCCCACCCAGCACCGAGCUUUCCCUCCCAUCAGCCCCGCAGCAGGCUUUAACAGUGCCAGGCCGGGUCAUCCGGGUCGAGCUGCUCCUCCAGUCAGGAUCGCCUCUCUGGACGGCGGCGUGGGCCCCAACGCCGGCAGGCCGUUCCCCCCUCAGCACAGGAACAACGUACCCUACUCCUUACAACAGCAACAACAACAACAGCAGCAGCAGCAGCAAGGCAUGAUGGGAACUCACGCAGGCAUGGCCAACCAGGCCGUGAUGUCCAAUCCAGGCAUGCUGAGCAACGGGUCCAUGCGGGGCUCCAUGCAGCAGGGCUGGGGCCCCCAGGGGCCCAUGGGGGCCAGCGGGGGGCCGAUGGAAAGUCGGAGCCCUUGGCACGCCAGAUGCGCGCCCGGGUCCAGAGCCGUGGUCGGCAUGCAGAUGAUGAGCUGCGAGAUGGAGAUGGGAAACCCCGCCUACACUCAGCAACACGCUCCGCCCAAUCAGAAUGCGCCCUGGCCGAACCGGAUGAUGGCUGUGGAUCACUAUGGCAACCAGAGCAGGCCACCGUACGGCGCCCCCCAGGAGGAGGGGCUGCGGUGCUGUGGGCCCGAGGGCCCGCCGGAUGAGGGGGCCCUGCUGAGCCAGCUGUGCUCGGUGCUGAAGGACUACGAGGGUCUGGAGGAGAUCGACAAGAUGCUGGGGAUCCCGACUCUGGCCGGACAGGGCCCCAUCUCGGACCCGGACCAGUACCUGUGCUCCUCGGACCCGAACAUGAAGCAUUUCCUGUACGGUCAGCAGCACUACGGCGUCCCGCCGGGGUACGGCGGCCCAACCGGCUACGGCGGCGCCCCCCCCGACGGGGGCUUCCACGGCCCGCCUAUGAGCGGCCACAUGGGGCAGCAGAGGAUGGCGCCCGCCGGUUACCCCCCGAUGAUGAGGAUGCCGGGGGGCGCGGGGCCCAGGCCGGUCGGGGUCCGGCCGACGGGGCCCGGUCCAGGAGUUCCCCCUCAGCCCAACAACCUGAGGCUGCAGCUGCAGCACCGACUCCAGGCUCAGCAGAACCGGCAGCCAAUGGGGAACCAGAUGAGCGGAGUGUCCAAUAUGAAUCUACCUCUAAGGGCCAAUCUACCAACCCAGGGAACCCUCAACGCUCAGAUGCUGGCCCAGCGUCAGCGCGAGUACCUCAGCAACCACCUGCGCCAGCGCCAGCAGCAGCAGCAGCACGCCAUGAUGAUGCGAGCGCAGGGCGUCGGCAUGGCGCCCGGCGGGGGCGCCGCCCCCACGCCGAUGCCCGUGGGCGGCACCAACCCGCAGCAGUUCCCCUACCCGGCCUCCAGCUAUGGUACCGGCCUGCCCUCUCCUCCUCAUCCCGGCUCCUCCAGCCCCUUCUCCUCCUCCUCCUCCCCUCUCUCCCCCGGCUGUCACCAGGCCACCCAGGGCAUGGUGGGAAAUGUAGGCGGGCAGUACGGCGGGGUGAUGAGCCCCCCGGCACAGCACGGCGCCUACCAGUUCUGCAGCUCAGCGAUGAGUCAGCAGCAGGACCCCGCGGCGGGGUUUCCGUGUGGGGCCGCGGCCCCCCAGAGCCCCCUGCUGUCCCCCAGGAUGGGUCCGGGUCAGAGCCCCAUGCUGCAGCAGAACCACGCCCAGGGUCCGGCCCAGAGAGGACCCCCGGCCUACCAGCCGAGCGGCGGCUGGCCGCAACCCGCCAACAUCUCCCCUAGCAACAGCGUUUACCCCCCGCAGUCCCAGUCGCAGUACUCCACCCAGGCCACCGGAGGGACGUGCAACGUGAGCCUGGGCGCCGGGGGCGACGACGGCGGCAACUUGACCCACAUGGCCGGGCCGAUGAGCGCCAUGAACACGGAGCAGGCGAGGGACGGCAGCCUGACCCUGGAGCAGCUGGCCGGCAUGGACAUGUUGACGCAGGAGGGGGGGGACGCCAACGCUAAUUUCUGCUGACCCCGGCUGCGGUCGACGAGUCAAGGUGACGUGUGCAAAGCCCCCCCCCCCCUCCCUCCCGAGGCUCAGCUCGGCUCCAGGAAGAGCGUCGAGGAGACGACGACCGUGAACACUGUUUCUGAGCGGUACUUUUAGUUUCUGUGUGGAACAGUUCAACCCGGAGAGGAGCUUCAACCACGCCUCUGGAUCUCAUCGAAAUGAGGAGGCUUACCAUGAAAUAUUUUACAGGUAUUUGUAGUUUUUGAAGAAGUUUUUAGAGAUUCUUUGUAUGACAGAAAAACAAAAUUCAAAGGAUAUCUUUUUGUUUGAGAAUGGUCUCGAAAUGGUACAAUUUUUAUGUCGAUUUUGAAAUUAAUAUAUUUCUGCUGUCGGA